UACUCGUAUGAACCUAUUUUCUUAUAUUUCUCACCCCGGCCUUUUCCUCGUGCUUCAUCCGUCUGGCCCUCUUGCGAGUUGACCCCCGACUCUACUACAAAUACCCUUCUACUGGCUACUCAGCUGCUCAUCUCUCUGUUUCCUGUCUCUGACGCUUCAGGUCUCGCCUGCGUCCCACCUUGCCAACAUGACCGAUUGGGUCGGCCCAACGACUGCACCGAGGGUGAAGUAACAGGUCAAAGGGUAGAAGAGCCUGGCCGCGACAAGCGACUUGGUGACAGACAAAACAGAAGUUGCUGCCGCCUUGUACAGUCGGUUGACGUCUGGCCAAAGGAGACCGUUGACAGGAGGCAACUGUUGCGAGAUGGACGGUCGUCGCGGUCGCAGGGCCCCAACUGCUGGGCUCCAUCUAACUGGUGGUCACCUGCCCACUCGUGUGACCCCAACGUGACGGUAGAUAGUGACGGCUCAAUGUGUGUCCAUGGAGGGAUGCGUGUGCACCAGUUAUCAGGCGCCCAUCAAGUACCAAUUCGACGUCGGUUUGCAUCCUUGAAUGCCAUCUCGUAUUCUUCAUAA